CCCCCAACUCCUUAUAUAUGGGGACUCUAUUUCUCCCUCUUGGAUUCCAAAGUUUAUACAAAUACAACAAUACACACUCUAGAGAGAGAGAGAGAUGGGAAUUUGUGCAUCCAUUUCAUCUCCUGUGAUACAUGAUGAUUCCUAUGGCCAUGAAAAUGGAGUGUAUUAUACAGGAAUAAGUAGCAAUGGAUCAUCACCAAGAAUUGGCUCAAUAUAUUCUCAUGCAGGAAGCAACGGAUUGAAUCAAGAUUGUGCUAUUCUUUUUCAGGGCUAUGGGGUGGAAGAAGGAGCCAUGUGUGCAGUUUUUGAUGGGCAUGGCAAGAAUGGGCACAUUGUGAGCAAGAUUGUGAGGAAUAGAUUGCCUUCUUUGCUUCUCAACCACAGAAAAAUGGGGAGUGAUCAAAGCAAGAAUUUCCAGAGAUGGAAAGAUGCUUGCAUCACUGCAUUCAAAGCUGUAGAUAGAGAGAUACAAUAUCUUGAAACCUUGGAUUGCUCUUGCAGCGGAACAACUGCCACCGUUGUCGUCAGACAGGGUGAAGAUCUGACGGUUGCAAAUCUUGGAGAUUCAAGAGCUGUUCUAGGCACUAGGAGUCAGAAUGGGAUCAUGGCCGUUCAAUUAACUACUGAUCUCAAGCCUGGGGUGCCAUCUGAAGCAGAGAGAAUAAGAAAGUGUAGAGGGAGAGUGUUUGCACUGAAAGAAGAAGCACACAUUGAGAGAGUGUGGCUGCCUUAUGAUGACUCGCCCGGCCUCGCUAUGUCUCGCGCUUUUGGCGACUUCGUGCUCAAGAAUAACGGCAUUAUUUGCAUUCCGGAGGUCUCCCACCGCCGCAUCACCCCCGACGACGCCUUUCUCGUCGUGGCCAGCGACGGGGUGUGGGACGUGAUGAGCAACGAAGAAGUGGUAUCGAUGGUAGCGGCUGCGGGUAGUGAAGAGGAAGCAGCUAAGGUAGUUGUUGAUGCAGCAAUGGCUGCGUGGAAACACAAGUUUCCCAACUCGAAAAGGGAUGACUGCACUGUCAUUUGUCUAUUUUUGCAUUAAAUUACACUAGAUUUGUAGCUUGGCAUAGAUGAAAAACUUGUGUACAAUCUUGAAUACUAAAGAUGUUUGGAUGAAGCAAGAAAAGUUGUUCUUGUAUAGAUAUUCACACAUUUAUGAUUU